AAGCUAUUCCUAAAAGCUCUUAACUUUGUAUCCAUUUUAUUUUCACCACAAAAAUGAUGCAUCUCGUGCAACAGUUUGAAUAUCUCAAGAUACAACUGGAAGCUAUAAAGUUGGCAACCAACAAUUUCGCAAAUGAAAACUGCAUAGGUAGGGGUGGUUUUGGAAAAGUAUACAAAGGAGAGCUUGUUCAUUACAAGGGGAAAGAAAUUGUUGCGAUAAAACGAUUAGAUCCUGUAUUUGGGCAAGGAAACCCUGAGUUCUGGAGGGAAAUUAUUAUGCUUUCUCUUUACAAGCAUGACAAUAUUGUUUCUCUAUUAGGAUUUUGUGACGAAAGUGAUGAGAAGAUCCUUGUGUACGAGUAUGCAUCCAGGAGAAGUCUUGACUCGUAUCUCAACAAAGAUGAUCUAAUUUGGAUUCAACGACUUAAUAUUUGCAUCGGGGCGGCUCGUGGACUGGCGUAUCUUCAUAAUCCUUUUGGGACCCAACAAAGAGUAUUGCAUCGUGAUAUUAAGAGUUCUAACAUCCUCCUAGAUGAGAACUGGAAUGCCAAGAUCUCAGAUUUGGGUUUGUCCAAAUUUGGUCCUGCCAACCAAGAUUACACAUUUCUCGUCACCAACGGUGUAGGCACGAUCGGGUAUUGUGAUCCGCUAUAUAUGGAAACAGGGUUAUUAACAAAAGAGUCUGAUGUUUAUUCCUUCGGUGUGGUGUUGUUUGAAGUGUUGUGUGGGAGGUUGUGUAUUGGCAACAAGAAUGGUAUUCAUCGGCCUUUAACAGGUUUGGUUCGUCAAUACUAUUCGCAAAACAAAAUAAAGGAAAUUAUUUUCGGUAAAAUAAAGGAUGAAAUGAAUCCUAAAUCUUUAGAGGCGUUCACCACAAUAGCCUAUCGGUGUUUGAGUAGAGACUUGGAAGAGCGUCCAUUAAUGACCGACAUCGUAAGCAUACUUGAAAGUGCGCUUGAAUAUCAAUUGGAGCUUAAUUCAUUCGAUUUAAAAAAUAACCCAAUCCAAUCAAGUAGCUAUGAACAAGGAGAGACAACCCAGGAGAAAAGCAGUGACGUGCUUGUAUUGAUGUUGUGUUCUAUCGGGGUUUGGGAGGGGUUUUACCCAUUGAGAAACAAGUGGAUAAGGUUACCUACAAUUCCGGCUGACGAAUGUUUCAAACAUUCACAGCAAGAAUCUUUGGCCGUGGGUAGUGAAUUGCUGGUUUUUGGGCGUGAGCUGGUUGGGUUUGUCAUAUGGAAGUACAGUUUUAUUAGACGACAGUGGGUGAGAUGUGAAGGGAUAAAUCAUCCUCGUUGCUUAUUUGGUUCUGGAACUCUUGGAUCAAUUUCUAUUGUUGCAGGAGGGUUCGACAUAAAUGGACAAACUAUAAAAUCAGCCGAGUUAUAUGAUUCAUCAACUGGUAGAUGGGAAAUUUUGCCGGAUAUGCACUCUCCACGUAGAUUAUGCUCUAGUUUUUUCAUGGAUAAAAAGUUUUAUGUGAUAGGAGGGAUGACAAGUAGCACUGAUUCGUUAACUUGUGGUGAGGAGUUUGAUCUUAAUGCGAAACACUGGAGGAAAAUUGAUGGGAUGUACCCUAUUAUUGUAAAAAAGGUUGCCCAAGCACCUCCUCUUGUUGCAGUUGUUAGUAACGAACUAUAUGCACUUGACUAUCUGAGUAGCAUGGUUAAGAAAUAUGACAAAAACAAGAACACGUGGGACGUUUUGGGCAGACUUCCGGUUAAAGCCAGUUCGAUGGAAGGAUUGAAGAUGACCACCAGAGACCAUAGAUGUUACAUAAUCUGCAGCAUCAUUAGUCACAGAGACCCCGGACGUCAAGUAGAUAUUCAAAAUAAAAGAUCAGCAAAAUGGAGAGCAAACCAAUAUGAACAUUAAAACAAAACAAUAUCGUAAUCAUGGGGGGCGUUGAGGGAGUGCAAAAUGAACAGUUGUACAAAGUCCAAUUUUUUUUUUAUAUAUUUUUAUUUAAAAAGUAAAAGGCCAUUUUUCUGGUUCGUUCCAGGCCUUUAAGGAUAUUUAAUUCCUCAAGCCCGGCCAUGUUAGUAAUAAAUCAGAAUACUAGAAUAUAAACGAAAAGCAUGAGUGAACAAGAAAUAUUAGAAAACAAAACAUCUAAGGGCCAGGGGAGAGGCCAUCCUUGUAAGAAGCAUGUAUCAACUAUAUGUAUCUUAUACAUUCAUAAAUCGUAGAGAGCUGUGGUAUAAAGCAUAGUCGGUCACAAAAAUUGGAUUGGAG